CGCACACGCACGGAUCUCGCUCUCGCCCUCUGACUGGUCGCUGCUUUCAGCUGUCCGGACACACCGACAGAAGCGAACGCUGCAACGCCGUUUUCCUCUUGCGCUCCUCGCGGCGUGAUUUUCGUCUUUUUUUUUUCUCUCCGAACGGCUCUCCGCCUUCUGCAAGUCAUCUGUGUCAUGAACCUGCUUUCGGCUUGUUGCUAAGGACACUAAAAUAGCCAGGAGUGGACUCCGACGUUGUUUUGUUGCUAAGGUCCUAGCAGUCAUGGCACAAGGGUCCAGAGACCAUAUUGGUGUGGGCACUGCUAAUCCAGACGAUGACUCGCCUAACAUGAUAGUCUACAAAAAGAUCGAGGACGUCGUUUCACGACUGCAGGACGAGAAGGCGGGCGGCGUGCCCGUCCGCACCGUCAAGAGCUUCCUGUCCAAGAUCCCCAGCGUGGUGGCCGGUUCUGAUAUUGUCCAGUGGCUGAUGAAAAACCUCUCAAUUGAAGAAACAGCGGAGGCCGUCCAUCUUGGUAGCCUCAUCGCUGCCCAUGGCUACUUCUUUCCCAUCUCAGAUCACGUGCUCACACUGAAGGACGAUGGGACGUUUUUCCGCUUCCAGUCUCCGUACUUCUGGCCCUCAAACUGCUGGGAGCCUGAGAACACUGACUAUGCCAUUUACCUGUGCAAGCGCACCAUGCAGAACAAAGCCAGACUGGAGCUGGCUGACUAUGAGGCCGAGAAUCUGGCUCGGCUGCAGAGGGCGUUUGCCAGGAAGUGGGAGUUUAUCUUCAUGCAGGCUGAGGCGCAGGUUAAGAUCGACAGGAAAAAGGACAAGGUGGAACGCAAGAUUUUGGACAGCCAGGAAAGAGCAUUCUGGGAUGUCCAUCGACCUGUGCCAGGUUGUGUAAACACCACAGAGAUGGACAUCCGCAAGUGCAGGCGUGAGAGAAACCCUCAGAGAGUUAAAAAGUCUGUGUAUGGCGUAACAGAGGACAACCAAUCACAGAGCUCAGCGCAGCCUCCCUCCCAGCCCUGCAGGACCUCCACCAAAGAGGAGGUGAAGAAGCAGAUAUCGUUCUUAAACACACAGCUGGACAGACACUGCAUGAAAAUGUCCAAAGUGGCCGACAGUCUAUUGAGCUACACAGAGCAGUUCCUGGAGUAUGACCCCUUCGUGACCCCGCUGGAGCCGUCCAACCCUUGGGUCAGCGACGACACCACCUUCUGGGACCUGGAGACCAGGGAGCCCAAUCAGCAUCGUGUGAAGAAGUGGAGCUUCUCUCUGGAGGAAGCUCUGAAGGACCCGGCUGGACGAGAACAAUUCCUGAAGUUCCUCGAGUCCGAGUUCAGCUCUGAGAACCUCCGGUUCUGGCUGGCGGUGCAAGACCUGAAGCGCCGUCCGCAGCAGGACGUGUCGGCGCGCGCGCAGGACAUCUGGCAGGAGUUUCUGGCUGAGGGGGCCCCCAGCUCCAUCAACCUGGACUCACACAGCUACGAGCGCACCAGCCACAACAUCAAAGACCCCGGACGGUACAGCUUCGAGGACGCCCAGGAGCACAUAUUCCAACUGAUGAAGAGCGACAGCUACUCUCGGUUCCUGCGGUCCAGCACGUACCAGGACCUCCUGCUGGCCCGGAAGAAGCCUCCAGCUGAGAGUGAGCAAGGCCGGCGCACCUCAUUGGAGAAGUUCACGCGCAGCAUGGGCAAGUCGUUGACGGGGAAGCGCCUGACAGGACUGAUGCAGUCAUCCUGACAAAGCCUGGACCACUGGAGCAAUGCACACACACACUGACAAUGCGCGUGCACACACACACACACACACACACACACACACACACACACAACUGACAACACACUAGGAGAGUAGGAGUUGCAGCUGUAAGGGACAGUCAUGAAUCAUGAUGAAGGUGCGGGAGAGACAGACUCAUAAUAAGGGCUGGACUAGAGAGAGAGAGAGAGACUCAUCUGCAAUGCUGAAUGAAUGACAGGACUUGGAGAGAGAAAUAAUCAUUAUCACCUAGAGAGAGAGAGAGAGAGAGAGAGAGAGAGAGAGAGAGAGAGAGAGAGAA